CCCCCGGCUUCCCACCACGGCCGCUCUCGGCGAGGAAACUCUGGCCUCCGCUUCCUCCUCCUCCGACUCGGACACCGGCGGAGCCUCCCCGCCACCGCGGAAGAAAGCGCGGGCCUCCCCGGCGGCGGCGGCGGCGGAGGGAGCAGGAGAGCCCGGGGCUUCCUCGGGCAGAGCAGGCCUCACCUCGUCCCCGUCCCCCUCGCUCUCCGCCGGGCUCGCCCCCCUUGCUGCCAACCCCCUCAGAGCCAGCGGCAGUACCAGCAGCAGCGCCAUGCAGGCCAACGGGGCAGGAGGGGGUCAGCAGCAACAGCCGCCGCCGCCGUCGCAAAGUCCGGAGCUGGGCUGCCUCAACGCCCAAAACGGCGAGGCCUCGUCGGGCUCGUCCGCCGGGGAGCAACUGGCUCACGCCAACGGGUUGCUGCCGUCGGCCAACAACGGCGGCGGGGGAGGCGGCGGGCCGAGUGUCAACAACGGAGUCUCGGCCCCCGGGGGAUCCGCCGCCGAGAUGGGGGGAGGCAGCGGCGUCGGCGUCGGCGGCAGCGCCCUGAAGAAGAAGAAGAGGCUAUCGCAGUCCGAUGAGGACGUGAUCCGGCUCAUCGGGCAGCACCUUCACGGGCUGGGCCUCAAUCAGACUGUUGAUCUUCUCAUGCAAGAGUCAGGAUGUCGUUUAGAACAUCCUUCUGCUACCAAGUUCCGUAAUCAUGUCAUGGAAGGAGAGUGGGAUAAGGCUGAGAACGACUUGAAUGAACUUAAGCCUUUAGUGCACUCUCCUCAUGCAAUUGUGAGGAUGAAGUUUUUGCUGCUGCAGCAAAAGUAUCUAGAAUAUCUGGAAGAUGGUAAGGUUCUGGAGGCACUUCAAGUUCUGCGUUGUGAAUUGACACCACUGAAAUACAACACAGAACGCAUUCACAUCCUCAGUGGAUAUCUCAUGUGUAGUCAUGCAGAAGACUUGCGUGCAAAAGCAGAAUGGGAAGGGAAAGGAACAGCUUCCAGGUCUAAACUUUUGGAUAAACUCCAGACUUACCUACCCCCAUCAGUGAUGUUGCCCCCAAGGCGUCUGCAAAAUCUUCUGCGUCAGGCUGUGGAACUACAACGAGACCGGUGCCUCUAUCACAAUACCAAACUAGAUAAUAAUCUAGAUUCUGUAUCACUGCUCAUAGACCAUGUUUGCAAUAGGAAACAGUUCCCUUGUUACACACAGCAAAUACUAACAGAGCACUGUAAUGAAGUAUGGUUCUGUAAAUUCUCCAAUGAUGGCACUAAACUAGCAACAGGAUCCAAGGAUACAACUGUUAUUAUAUGGCAGGUUGAUCCAGAUACGCAUCAGCUAAAACUGCUGAAGACACUGGAAGGCCAUGCAUAUGGUGUUUCCUACAUUGCUUGGAGUCCAGACGACAAUUAUCUUGUUGCAUGUGGCCCAGAUGACUGCUCUGAGCUUUGGCUCUGGAAUGUACAAACAGGGGAGCUGAGGACAAAGAUGAGUCAGUCUCAUGAAGAUAGUUUAACAAGUGUGGCCUGGAAUCCAGAUGGAAAACGUUUUGUGACAGGAGGACAGCGUGGACAGUUUUACCAGUGUGAUUUAGAUGGUAAUCUCCUUGACUCCUGGGAAGGUGUGAGAGUUCAGUGUCUGUGGUGCUUGAGUGACGGGAAGACUGUAUUGGCGUCAGACACACAUCAGCGAAUUCGGGGCUAUAAUUUUGAGGACCUUACGGACAGGAACAUAGUACAAGAAGAUCAUCCAAUUAUGUCUUUUACUAUUUCAAAAAAUGGCCGGUUAGCUUUGUUAAAUGUUGCAACUCAGGGAGUUCAUUUAUGGGAUUUGCAAGACAGAGUUCUAGUGAGAAAAUACCAAGGUGUUACACAAGGGUUUUACACGAUUCAUUCAUGUUUUGGUGGUCAUAAUGAAGACUUCAUCGCUAGUGGCAGUGAAGAUCACAAAGUAUAUAUUUGGCACAAACGUAGUGAGCUGCCAAUUGCGGAGCUGACGGGGCACACACGUACAGUCAACUGUGUGAGCUGGAACCCACAAAUUCCAUCCAUGAUGGCCAGCGCCUCUGACGAUGGCACUGUUAGAAUAUGGGGACCAGCACCUUUUGUAGACAACCAGGAUAUUGAAGAGGAAUGCAGUAGCAUGGAUAGUUGAUGGUGAAUUUGGAGCAGACGACUUCUGUUUAAAUUAAAUUUAGUCGUAUUUUAAAUGGCUUGGGAUUUGGUGCAAACAAAACAUGAUUGAUAGCUGGACAGACAUGCUCGUCAUGAAAAAGAACCAUUUCUGAAGCCCGACUGGGGCCAAACAUUUUACCACCUUGCUUCAUAGUAAACAGUUGAGAUGAAGCACGUCGUUAGAACGUUGUUGGACACCAUGUUGAAGUAACCCCCCAUCGGUUGUGAAGAACUGUGCUACAUUCAGGCUAACCAUUGAACUCCGUAUAUACAUUUUUCCCUUCUGCCAUUUUGUCAGGCAGACUACUGUUCUUGUUGCUCUUCUGUGUAAUGAAGUUUAAAUGCUUGUUUGGAAAACCUUUUAUUUAACAGUUUAGAAGGCUUGAUAGAAAGAGUGCUUUAGUCUGAAGAGUACAUGUUGGAUAGGAAAGUAUUUCCUUCUCUUGUUUCUCUGAGUCUCUCCGCCUUAUUUAGCUUGAGAUCUUUGCAGCUUGGUUCAUGGAUUCUAGCCUUGCCCAUUGCGCAGUGUAUCUAAACCCAGAUGUUAAACCAGUGAAUGACAUUUAAAGCACUCUCAGUAUCACACUUGACAAAAAGGUUUUGUACUUUUCACAUAGCUUGUUGACCUAUAAAGGGGUUAACAGCACAAUUUUUAAAAAAAAAUAAAUUAUUUAUAGCAUUCAAAUGACUUCAUUUGUAUACAUUUGGAAUUUAAACCAGCUUAAAAAGUGUCAUCUACAAGUUAAUGCAGUAUAAGUGGUGCUCCUCUGGAGUGUUGUGUAAUUUGGCUGACAGGAGUUUUACACAGACUAUAUAAAGUAUUUUAAAAAAAGAAACUUUGUUUACCAACAAAACGAUUUGAGAGCUUUCAGAAUCGCCAACUAAACUAUUACAAUGUAAGUUCUGAAGUUAAUAAAUGAAAAUUCCAAAUUGGCCUUAACUUGUGCAAUGAUUCUUAUUUCAAAAUGAGAGUAGUACUGGUAGCAGUAUCAUCGAAAAUUAAAGAGUUGAUUGUCUCCUGUGAGUAAACUAUACACAUUGUACAAUUUUUAUAUUACACUCUCCCUCCAGGACAUUUUCUGAGGUGCUGGUGUCAGUUGCCUGGCAUUAGGUAUGGGUCCUGUGUGCAAAUGACACAUAAAAGGAAGCCAGCCUGAUGUUUGCCCUACUUAACUGUUGAUUUCAGAAUUUCUCCCUUCUAGUUAAAGGGCAAAAAUGCACUUAGGGGCAUUUUAAAGUGUAAAAACAGAAAAGAAAGUAACUCUUAAUAAAAAGAACAAAUACACACAUGCUUGUGGCACCAGCUAAAAUAGGAACUCAGAGAUGGAAAGAUGUCUUUGACUUCAGGAGAAGACAGACACAGGAUCAGAAGGAAAUAGCCUUUCUUGUGCAUUUUUGUUUGUUUGUUUGUUUUUAAACACACAGAUUCUGUGGUUAAGGACUUAGAGUUACAUCCGCUGCACUUGUGUUUAUCCCUUAACUUGGACUUGCGAUAUUUCCCCUUCAGCACCUUUUGAUCUGAUCAGAUUCCCAUUAGGAUUUCUUUAAAUAUCACCAAAGCAAGAAUAGGUGAUAUUUCUGUUCCUUGAUGUAGUAAUCCAGUUCUCUCUGAACAAACACAGAACACUAUUUUCAUAAUCAAAAAAAUCACUAAAAUGGUGACCAGAUUUACAGAGAAAUCUUUAAACAGAAUGCCUUUCUCUUUCAUCCUCUUACAUAAUGGAUUUAAGAGCAGUGAAGAAAUUUUCAUCCAUACUUUGGCCCAUCUUAAAUUGACAGGUUUCAGCUUUAUGCAGAAGUCUAAAUUACAUUUGAUAUUCUUGUCCAUUCACGCAUAUUUUAUUUGGCACAAUUUUUCCAUCUUACAGGCUUCUUAUACUCUGCCUUUAAGCCUGUGUAACAUUUUUUGCAGAUACUCCCAUUCCGUAUCUUUAAAAAAUCUUACCACUCUAUUGUAUUCACAUGGUGUUGGUACUGCUUUCUAAAACUACCCUAGGAGAUUGGAGUGGAAAUCAAGGAUGAAAUGAUCUAACAUGCAUUUGUUUGAUUUGCACUUCUUGAUUUCUAUAUUCAGUCUGGUGCUUGUAGUUAAGAAUUCUUAGCUCCCAUCCCAGUUAAUAAAUUUUGAGCCACUGAUUUUGCUACUUUUGAAAUGUAAAAUACCUGUGGGAAGCUAAAUUAAGAACACUGAAAGGAAUACACUGCUGCACAUAUAUUAAGGAAUCCCUGGAUGUAAAAACAACGUAAAUAAAGAGCACUUGAAGAGUGUUGGGCUGAAAGAAGCUUGUUUUGCAAGUGCCACUUCUAUAAUUGGUUGCAUAAUGCAGGCAAUGCAACUUUUUAAGUGGAAAAUUUUCAGAUGAUGUAAUUAACUUCUACUGUCUGGCACAGCCUUCUAUUAUGUAUAACACACUCAGCCACACCCCCCAAGUCAAUAUUUUCAGCAGCAAAGUUAACGGACUGUAUUAACCCUGCUAGGAUUCUUUGUGGAUGCACUAAACAGGUGAGCAUCCUCAUUUUUUCUAACAUACGGACUGAGAAGCAAUUCACAUUUGUAAUAACCAUAACUAUAUUAUUACAAUAAGAAGACACAGAAUAGGUGUAUCUGUAACCUUCAUUUUCAUAUAUAUUAGAUAACAUUUCUACUUCUGGCUGUAAAUCUUGGCACACUAUCUAAUUGCUGACCAUAUGUUACCUUGAGCUAAGAUCACGAGGGAAAAAAAUAUAAUAGUUUGAAUUUUGCCUUAGGUGUUUGUACCCAUCAAUUCCAAAAAAAAUGCACACCAGCUAUAAAUCACUACAAUAUCUUGCCACAAUGCUUCUGAACUUUUCAGGUAAGUCAUUUUGAAAGUAGGAGCACAAAAUAGGAAACAAUUUAAUUUUUACACAGUCCUUAAAAUAGCCUUGGAAAUAUGUGACUUACUUCCCUUGCUUUAACUUUUUCAUUUUUGAAUUAGGGGAGUAUAAGAGAAAUUUUAAUGACAUCAGAGAUGGAAAACGACCCAACUUUUGCCAAUAAUCUCUUUAUGGCUUCCAAGCAGAUUAAUUGUUGAAUGUAACUUAAUUUAAUGCUAGGUGUUUAGUGCCAUCUUAACUAAAAAAUAAAUAAAUCUUCCACCCCAAAGGAAAAAAAGGCUUUAAGUUAAAAUAUUUUCUCUUACCAGUCCUAUGCUGGCAAUAAAUAUAUUGGAGGAAAGAGAGUUCUUGUAUUUUUUUUUAGUUAACAGCAGAAGAAUGUCUAGUUUAUAAUUUUGGGGUAGGAACAGAAGGGAAAAAGACCCAGUUUUCAGUAGGACUUGGUGCCCUUUGUCAAUACCCCAAAGCACACGUUGCCUCAAUUUGAUGCAUUUCAAGUGAACUGUUAAACUGGAGUAUCAAUCAUAUAUGAUUAAAAUAUAUAUUGCAUUGGCUUGAGUCCAUUUUCAGCUGCCAUAGAACAAAUUGCUCAUUUGACAGACAUUAGAAUUUUGGAAACACUUUGACACUUUUUGAACAGGGUGGACUUAAGUGAUUUGUGCAGUGUUGUCUGCAGUAGCUGCUCUAGUUGCUGGAACACAAACUAGAAAACCUAUUUCCUCUUUGCUGACUUUGGAGGAUCUAGAUUCAGCAAAGUGUGUGUAUGUGUGGGUGGUAUGAAUGUGUGUGCGUGAAACACAAACAGUCAUGGAACCAAUUGUUCUAGGUACAUGUCAUGUUUUACUGCAUACUUUAAGUCAUGUUGUGCGUAUGUGAAUUGUCUAACUUUAAGAUUUUGGUUAAUACCAAUAUAUUUUUAUAAAUUUGAAAUUCAGUGUGCCCCAUCUUUUAAGUGUUUCAUUGUUAGGAUAAAUGUACUAGAUUUAAUUCUUAACACUUCUUGGCACAGAUGGAAAAAGUUACUGGCUCCUUGAAAAUGUAUGAGGAAGAAACGGAUCCUCAAAGCAUGUUAUGUACUUACAAACCAAGCUGUAGAGAUCAAGAAAAGAACUUUUAUUGUUCUCAAAUUUCUAAAUUGUCAAGAUUUAUAUGGAGUUGUGGUGGAACUAGUUAACACUUAGAGCUUUUGGUAUGUAAUGACUAUUUGCUAUGGACUGAUAUUAAAUGUUUCAAAGGAUUGCGUUCUUAAACUUCCUGGAUUUUUGUUACUCUCCUCUUGGAUUAUAUUAAGUAGCUUUAAAUUUCUUUAGUCUAUUACAUUAAAACAUAAGAACUUUGGGUCUCCAUAUUUAUUUUCACUUGUUUUUACUAAUUAUUUACAGAACACCAUAACUUUUUAAUUUUAUAAAUAUGUAGUAUAUUAAACAUCUCAAUGUUCAAUUCAAACUACAUUAAUUCCUGAUUUUGUUUUUAUUGGGGUUUUUAAAAAAAUGACACUUUUCCAUGUUGGUGCACAGCACUUAACAAAUAUUUGUAUUCCCUUUCUUUCCAAUUCAAUAAACAGAAUGAAUAACUGGA